UAGCUAUCUAUUUUAAUCAUAGAUUAAAUUCACGCAAUAAGUGUAAUUUAGAAAAUAGUUGCUUAGGCGUUUUUGUCAUAUAUAAUUACUUUAAACGCUUAUAAAUGAUCCAUUGAACCAUAAAUUUUUGGAAUAUACUUGUAGAUUAUCUAUAAAAAAAAGAUGAUAAACGGCAAUAACAUGUUUACAGUCGAUGAGACUCUUAAUAUACUAAAAAAUAUAUUGUAUAUAGAAGAAAGCGAUAUAGAAGAAUAUAGAAAAGGAAAAAAUCAAUUGGAAUUUUUAAAUAAGAUAAUAAGAUCAUUUCAAGAGAAUAUACCCUUUCAUAACAUAUUCGCUUUGGCAUCAACAAGAAAGGCGAGGCCUUCUUUAGAUGACAUUAAAACGAGAAUACAAAAUGGUUCGGGUGGCUUGUGCUUUGUUAACAACGUUGGAAUAUAUUUUCUAUUAGAUUCUUUAAAUUUUAAUGUAAGUCUAGCAUUGUCCAGUGUGUCCUCUCCGGAUAAUCAUUUAGUUGUUUUGGUGAACAUGGGAAAUGAAAAUAAGAGUUUAGAAAGUUCAGAUAAAGUUAAUUUACUUUUAGAAAAUUUCUACUUAGUAGAAUGUGGAUGUGGCUAUCCUUCUUUCACAGCUGUACCGUUGAAAGGCCUAAUUGAAGAAGGCUCUGAGAGUGAAAUUUACAAGGAAUCAUUCUUGACGUACAAAUUCGAAAGAGACGGCGACCUAAUUUUAAGAAUGCAUGGAAGAGGGUUCAUAGAACCGAAAACUCAUCAAGCCUCAAAAGGCACAGAUUUCAAACGGUUCUAUGAUUUUCGUACAACGGCAAUUAAGAGUAUUGAUGAAUUACUUCCAUAUUUUGAUAAAGUGUUUAACGACGAAAAUGAGGCUUCUUUCAUAUGUAAUAUAAGAGCAAUAAGAUUCCCAUCAGGCAAAGCUAUUGGUAUGAGGGAUAAUUUCCUUUUAGAAGAAGAGAAUAACGUGCUAAGAACUAGAGAAUUGAAAGACAAUAAUGAUAUAGUUAGACACUUACAAAUAAUUUUACCAAAAAUUCCACUGUCUGAAUGCAUUCAAGCUGUCCAAAGGCUUUAUAAUAAUUAGAUUAACUACAUAGAUAUAAAUAAAAAAAAGACUCUAAUGACUAAGUAUUUUCCAUUAAGCACUUGUUAAUUCUUGUAAAUAAGUUCCUUUAUAAGUGUUAUGAUAUGUUUGCCUUUCUCAUAAAAGAAACUGUUUUGUAUAUCAUCCUCUUUCAAUAAAUAACCAACAUUUGUGAGUUUUAGAGAUUAUGGGUAAAGUUCACAUGAG